CCGAGAAGAAGACCUUCACCACAAGAUUGUGUUGGCAUCUCAUCGAACACCACAAAACAACAUCACAAUGUCGACCUCCGAGCUCGCUUCCUCCUACGCGGCCCUCAUCCUCGCGGAUGACGGUGUCGAAAUCACCGCCGACAAGCUCCAAUCCCUCAUCUCCGCCGCCAAAGUCGCCGACGUCGAGCCCAUCUGGACCUCUCUCUUCGCCAAGGCCCUCGAGGGCAAGGACGUCAAGGAGCUGCUCUUGAACGUCGGAUCCGGAGGUGGUGCCGCUCCCGCCGCUGGUGGUGCCGCGCCCGCCGCUGCUGGUGGUGCCGCCGAGGCUGCGCCUGAGGCUGCUAAGGAGGAGGAGAAGGAGGAGUCCGACGAGGACAUGGGCUUCGGUCUCUUCGACUAAGCGCAUCGCUGCGUUGGGUCUUGCGAAGGAGAACAGAGUCGACGUGGCUGCAGCAUGGAGUAAAGCGAUGGUUGAAAGGUGGAUCGAUGGAUUAUGGAAGGAAUGUGCACAUGGAAGUGGUGGAACUGGUGCGCACUGUGCAGCACGGAUGUUGCAUGUUUCUCCAUGGCUAUAGCCCUGUCGUUUGCUACAAUCAAGCGCGAACCCGAGUGCUCGCUAUGUCAAAAAAACCUUC